CUCCCUGUACGUGAUGACGCAAUGACGUCGCGCCGGGGUGCUUGUCACGUGACCCGGAAGUGUUGGCGAUUUGAAAACAUGGCUCUGCAGUUCUCCGACGCGGAUUUUCAGGAGGCAUGGAAGGAGCUGGACGAGCCUCAGUUACAGGGAGGAUGGGAGCUUUUCACAGAGAGCAUGGGCGUGAAAAUAUACCGACUUUACAACAAGGAAACAGGUCUUUAUGAGUAUAAAGUGUUUGGCACGCUGUCCAGCUGUUCUCCGGAGCUCUGCGCAGAUGUUUACAUGGAUCUGGCCUACAGGAAGCAGUGGGACUCUUACGUCAAAGAGCUCCAUGAGAAAGUCUAUGAUGGACAGAAGGCCAUUUACUGGGAGGUGAAAUAUCCCUUUCCCCUGUCCAACAGGGACUAUGUGUACGUUCGGGAGCGCAGGGACCUGCAGGUGAACGGGAGGAAGAUCUGGGUGGUGCUGGCGAGGAGCUUGGCCGGGUCUCAUUGCCCUGAGAAGUCAGGAGUAAUCAGGGUGAAGGACUACAAGCAUACUGUCGCCAUGGAGACUGAUGGAGCCCAGGGCACUAAAAUCUUCAUGAACUACUUUGACAAUCCUGGAGGUAACAUCCCAGCGUGGGUCAUCAACUGGGCGGCGAAGAGUGGAGUUCCUGGCUUUCUGAAGGACAUUCAGGACGCCUGCAGUAAAUACGCUAACUACUGCAAGAACAGGAAGUGAAGUGCACUUUGACCUCCCGUUAUCCCUCUCUCCACUCUUCUCCUCUCAGUCUUCAUCGCUCACGCGGCUGUUUCUCUUGUCCUUCAGCAUUCAUAGUUGCAUUAAUAGGGGCUUUAAGCGAUGACGGAUACAUAUAAGCUAGGUUUGAUAUUCUCGCUAAAACACUAGAUAAUGCCAAUAUUCCUUCAAUGAAUUCGGAACAGUUUCACCAAAGCGCUUAUAUUUAAUCAGUUAUUUCUGCUCGUAACGACGCCAGAGACCCAAAGAGUUCCGCCGUAGCGUUCGACUAAACGUCGGCCGCACGUGGCGUGAAUAUCUCCCUCCUCGCCCUUCUCCAGUGUCUUGCCACAUGUGAUCCUGACAAUCACAAAACCAUGGCUCUCGAAUCAACGAUCUUCUCAUUCAAGUUGGCUACUCUCAUAAACUCAGCUCUAAAAAUGUUAACUUUUGCAAAGUACGAUAGAUUUUUGACGUUAAAAUAUUUAUUUAUUAUAUAUAUCCAUUUACAGUGGCAUCCCAUUGCUGCUCAAAUGUGCUAUUAGAGAAAAAGUACAGAGAUGAAACGCACAAAAUUAGCUGCAGCGUGGAUUGGAGAAGGAAGAGGUUGUGGCAGUUAUUCAUUUUUCCUUUGUGUCUUCCAUGGAAUUAUAUGUAGGCAGUACAAUACUAAUAGACAGUGAAGAUUUCUUUAAUCUGCUUGGUCACUGAAUGCGAGUGGAAUUGUGAUGAAUUUGUGAUGAGUUGUUUGCUUUGUGACUUCGGUUUCAGUGCUUAGGUUCGGUUUUGCCGUAACUGUCCCUACAGUCACCGUUGUUUAAAGUCCUUAUUAUUACACGCAGCUACACGCAUCUGAAAUGUUUACCGUACUUUCCAGAAUACAAAACACAUUUUUUUGCACUUCUCCAGCAAAGAAAAUGUCGUUUGGGCUUUUUAUUAGUGGUGUUACGAUAAUUACCAGCAAAAUCCAGCAGUUACGGUAAUUAUUAUUUUUUUUUUUUGUCUUUCCACUAACAAUGAAAAUUCUUCAGCAGUGCCAGAGUUUAUUAGCAUUAUCAUAGUCAUAAAGAAGCACUACUUAUAAAGUGAACGAUGGGAUUUCGUAGCUAGCGCUCCGGUCCAGUAUGGGGCAGGAAAUGAUUUUCAUAUAAGGAAAGACAGAAAAGCCUGUGUCCCAAACACACUGCUGUACUUUGUCUGAAUAGUACACCACUGAUCAGCAUCAGCACCAGUGCCUUGUUUAAAUCCUGAUCCUGCAGCUAUUUUACAAUGACCUCAUUUCCUCAAAUUCUGCCCAAAUCAUUGAAAAUAAAUAUAGCUGCAAUGUAUUCUCAUAUAUUACCAUUCAUAUGGGAGUGUGUCUGUGUAUGUAUAUAUAUAUACACACACACACACACACACACACACACACACACACACCUGACCAUCACAUCUGUACGUGCUUGAUGAACAUCUCAUUCCAGAUUUAUUCCCCUGUGUUUGGUGUUAUAAUAAGCUCCACUCUUCUGGGAAGCUUUCCACUAGAUGUUGGAGCGUGGCUGUGGGGAUUUGUGUUCAUUCAGCUACAAGAGCAUUAGUGAGGUCAGGCGCUGAUGUUGGGAUGUCGAGGAGGUCUGGGGUUCAGUCGGUGUUCCAGUUCAUCCCAAAGGUGUUCAGUGGGGUUGAGGUCAGGGCUCUGUGCAGGACACUCGAGUUCUUCCACUCCAACCUUCACACACCAUGUCUUCAUGGAGCUCACUUUGUGCACAGGGGCAUUGUCAUGCUGGAACAGGUUCCAGUGAAAGGAAACUCUUAAAGCUACAGCACACAGAGACAUUCUAUACAAUUUUGUGCUUCCAACGUUGUGGCAACAGUUUAAGGAAGAAGCACAUAUGGGUGUGAUGGUCAGGUGUCCACAUACUUUUGGCCAUAUAUAUAUAUAUAUAUAUACAUACACACACACACACACACACACAAUUUACUUUACACACAUUACUCACUGUGAUCAUUGCAGCUGUUUCAUGCGUCACUGUAGUGCUGAAUGUAGAAGUUGCUAUGCAGCACGUAUGCUAAAAGUGGAGACGAGUGCAGAGAUGACUGAGAAGCACUGAACGCAUGCAGAGCUGCUGCUCCGGCUGGCUGCGUGUCAUAUUGCGGAAUAAUUGAUGACAUUCACAGGGUUGCAGUCUGUUUGCUGUUUUAUACUCCAUGCUGUAUUUUACAACUCUGAAUUUUCUUUCUUAUUGUUUUUUUUUUUUAAUCCUAACCCAUCGUUUUAUUGAAAUCACUCAUGAAGCAUAUGGAUAGAGAAGAAUAUGAGAUUGUGUGCACUUUAUCUGCGAGCCUGGUGAUGGCAUGCUGCUUUUCCACAUACUGCAGAAAUGAAAUGAAAUGUGGAAAAGUUUUUAAAAAAACAUAUCUAUGAAAGAAAUUUUAUGCUGUGCACUGUUCUAGAGUAGAUUUUUUAAUAUAUAAAUGAUCAGUUUAAGGCUAAUCGCGGUGAUGAUUAAUGAUUUUGUGUGUGAGAUGAAUUUAGAUUUUGUUUAAAGGAACAGUUCAGGGAAAAUCACAUGCACACAUUGUUCCACUUCCUGCAAAUGUAGUGUAUCAGUCAUGUUUACAGACAUGUUUAGCGUUUUUGAUGUUGGAGUUAGAUUUUUUUUUCAGUUUUGCACUGGAGCUGUGAGGCUAGUCUAGCUAGAACACUCAAUUAAUUAAUCAUACUGAAGCAAAAAAGUCACUUUGUAAACUAUGAUCACUAGUUACUCAUAUAGAAAAGCGAUAUUUCAGAAUAUGUAUUUUUAAAUGUAUGUAAAUAUUUCUGAAAGCCACCUUACUUCGAAGUAGAACCCUUUUUUCAGAUACUCAGAACCUUUAAUUAUCUAAUGAACGCCUAAAGAAACCUUGAAGAACCUUUUUUUUCUAAGAUUUUGCUGAUUUUACUUUUUUUUCACCCAUGAAAAGCGUAAUGUGGCCAAACAUCAAAGCACUGUUCAGAUAUAAUUAUGAAUGUCUUAAGUUUACAUUCAGUAGCUCAGUUUUGCUUGUAUUUAACAAUAUAUCAGUAAUGCAGUAAAAGUUAAGCGUACUCCAGACAAACACGACGUUUCGGACAAGAAGUCCUUCGUCAGCUGCACAAACAAAGAUCUUCUGAUCUUCAAAAUAUAGAUUUUCUACAAAAAAAGUGGCCAAUUUCAAAUAUUAUCUUAAAAAACAUUUUGAAAUAUCUGUGCUUUUAUAUGGGUAUGUUUUAUCCGAAUAUGUUUCUGCUCUUCUUUUCUUUCAGGUUGCUGUGUCAUUUAUUUGAUUUGAUUUUUAAGAUUGUUUUCCCAUGCAUGACUACCUGUUGUAAUGUGUGUACACUUUAAUCAGAUAGAGUGUGUUGUUUAUUUUUCUGGGCUGUUUUUCUCUGAUUGCAAUAAAAUGAUCACAUAAAAAAACCACA